UGGAUUGCCCACACGCAUUCAUAUGUGCUGACUGUGAGACACUAAAUUUAAGUCUCUCCUCUGCCCAUCCAAGACUAGAAUCUGUUCCAUGAUUCUUGAAGGCAAAUAUGUCAACGGAACUUCUCAGGGCCUCCGUCUGCCUUCUCCUCCUCCUCUUCCUCCACCAAAAGCUUGCCGCCUGUGCAGACGGAGAAGAUAGCUUCACCUACAGUGGAUUCAGAGGAGCCAAUCUUACCCUCGAUGGGGUGGCAGCGAUCUCAUCCGGCGGUCUUCUCGUGGUCACCGACAACACAAUCCAGUCGAAGGGCCACGCCUUCUACCGAACCCCACUUCGAUUCAAAGAGUCUCCUAAUGGUACCGUCUUCUCCUUCUCCACCACUUUUGUCUUUGCCUUCAUCUCAGAACCCGCGGACCUUAACGGGGAUGGGAUGGCCUUCUUAGUCUCCCCCACGAAGGACUUCUCCCGAGCCUUAGGUAAUCAGUAUUUAGGCCUCUUCAAUCUAAGCAGCGUCGGUAAUUCGACCAACCAUGUCCUUGCGAUCGAGCUUGACACAACCCGUAACCCCGAAUUCCAAGAUAUUGAUAAUAACCAUGUCGGCAUCGAUAUCAACAACUUGAAAUCUGAUGAGUCCCACACUGCUGGUUAUUAUCUGAAUGACACUGGUUCGUUCCAAAAUCUAAGUCUCAGGAGCGGCCAAACCAUGCAAGUUUGGGUAGACUAUGAUAGCCAUGAGAUGCUACUUAACGUGACCUUAGCUCCAAUCGCAAUGGCCAAACCCGGUAGACGUCUCUUAUCGGCGGUCGUCAAUCUUUCAAGCGUGUUGUUGGAAACUAUGUAUGUUGGAUUCUCCGCCUCCAAUGGUCCUUUCCUAACGUCUCAUUACGUCCUUGGUUGGAGCUUUAAGAUGAAUGGCGUAGCCCAAGCUCUCGACUCCUCUCUGCUGCCUUCUGUUCCUCGUGCGAAAUCAAAUCACAAGUUAAAGGUUUUGCGCAUCGGGCUGCCCUUGGCGUCAUCUACGCUUGUUUUAGUCAUCGUAGGGACUGUCGUGUUCAUCCUGAGACGGAGGGGCAGGUAUUCAGAGCUCCUGGAAGACUGGGAGCUUGAGUACGGGCCUCAUCGGUUCUCCUACAAGGAUUUGUUCAGGGCUGCCAAGGGUUUCAGGGACACGGAGCUUCUCGGAAUGGGCGCGUUCGGGAGAGUGUACAAGGGUGUGCUACCGUCUUCUGGAUCGGAGGUUGCAAUUAAAAGAGUGUCCCAUGGAUCAAGACAGGGUAUGAGAGAGUUCAUUGCGGAGAUCGUCAGCCUCGGUCGCCUCCGCCACCGAAACCUCGUCCAAUUGCUGGGCUAUUGCCGACGCCAAGGAGAGCUUCUGUUGGUGUAUGAUUAUAUGCCCAAUGGCAGCCUCGAAAAGUUCCUGCAUGAUCAAGCUAAGCCUGCUCUGGAUUGGGCGACCCGGUUUCGGAUCAUCAAAGGCGUGGCUUCAGGUCUAUUAUAUCUUCACGAAGACUGGGAGCAAGUCGUCGUCCACAGAGACAUUAAGGCGAGUAAUGUGUUGCUCGAUAAUGAAUUGAAUGGAAGGUUGGGCGACUUUGGCCUAGCAAGGUUGUACGAUCAUGGAACGGAUCCACAGACCACUCAUGUCGUGGGAACCAUGGGUUAUCUUGCUCCCGAGCUUGCUCGAACCGGCAAGGCGACCACCAUCACCGACGUGUUUGCGUUCGGGGCAUUCCUUCUGGAGGUUGCUUGCGGCAGGAGGCCGGUGGACCCGACGGCGCACGAGGACCAGCUGGUUCUACAGGAUUGGGUGGUGGAGAAAUGGCGGAAGGGAUCGAUACUGGAGACGAGGGAUCCGACGCUGGGAGAAGAGUACGCGGUGGAGGAGGUGGAGCUGGUUCUGAAGCUUGGACUGCUGUGCUCGCAUCCGCUGCCCACAAAGCGACCCAGCAUGCGCCAAGUCGUGCGGUACUUGGAAGGCCAUGCGCCGCUCCCGGAGCUGUCGCCCGCGAACCUGAGCUUCAGCCUUCUCGCGCUGCUUCGCAAGGAAGGUUUCGAUGACCAAAUCAUGUCGUUUUAUUGUUUGCUUGCAGCCUCCGGCAGCGCAAACCAUGAAUUCAUCUUCAAUGGAUUCAGUGGAGCCAAUCUUACGCUCGACGGGGUGGCAUCCAUCACCUCCAGUGGUCUGCUGAGGAUCACCAACGCGACAACGCAGGUGAAGGGCCACGCCUUCCGUCCAUCCCCACUUCGUUUCAGAGAUCAAACUACUGGUAAAAUCUUCUCCUUCUCCACCACUUUCGUCUUCGGCUUCAUCCCAGAAUUCGCCAAUCUUAGCGGCCAUGGAGUCGUCUUCUUGAUUUCUCCCACCAAGGACUUCUCCGGAGCCUUAGGAAGUCAGUUCUUAGGCGUCUUCAACCAGAGCAACAAUGGGAACUCGAGCGAUCAUAUUCUUGGCAUCGAGCUUGACACAAUCUAUGACCCUGAAUUUCAGGAUAUUGAUGACAAUCAUGUCGGAAUCGACAUUAACAGCCUGACAUCUAACUCUUCCCACACCGCUGGUUAUUAUGCUGAUGACUCUGGUUUGUUCAAAGCUUUAAGCCUUAGAAAUGGUGAAGCCCUGCAAGUUUGGAUAGAUUACGACGGCCAAGAGAUGCUGCUUAAUGUUACCCUAGCUUCAAUUCAAAUGGCCAAACCCCAAAAACCUCUUUUAUCCGCCAUCAUCGAUCUAUCAAGCGUGCUGACAGGUCCCAUGUAUGUUGGCUUCUCCUCAUCCACUGGUUCUCUCCUGACGUCUCAUUACAUUCUGGGUUGGAGCUUUAACUUGAAUGGAGUAGCUCAAGUUCUCAACUAUUCCCUACUGCCCUCUCUCCCUCGUGUGAGACCCAAGCGAGGAUCAAAGGCGUUGACCAUUUCACUGCCUCUAGCAUCAGCUGGACUAGUUCUAAUCGUCGCAGGAGUCGUGGCUUUCAUCGUAAGAUGGAGGAUCAAGUACGCAGAGGUCCGCGAGGACUGGGAGCUUCAGUACGGCCCUCAUCGGUACUCCUACAAAGACUUGUACGAAGCUACCAAGGGUUUCGAGGACGAAGAUUUGCUCGGAAUAGGCGGAUUCGGAAAGGUCUACAAGGGGGUGCUACAGACUUCUAAAUCGGAGAUUGCGGUGAAGAGAGUAUCUCAUGAAUCAAGACAGGGCAUGAGGGAGUUUGUCGCUGAGAUAGUUAGCAUCGGUCGCCUCCGCCACCGCAACCUUGUUCAGUUGUUGGGCUAUUGCCGACGCAAAGGUGAGCUCCUGUUGGUGUAUGAAUACAUGCCCAAUGGCAGCCUGGACAAGUUUCUGUAUGGCCAAGACAAGCCUACUCUGGAUUGGGCGACACGGUUCCGGAUCAUCAAAGGCGUGGCAUCAGGGCUUCUGUAUCUACACGAAGAUUGGGAGCAAGUCGUCAUCCACAGAGACAUCAAGGCGAGCAAUGUGCUGCUCGACCAUGAACUGAAUGGAAGGUUGGGUGACUUCGGCCUAGCAAGAUUAUACGAUCAUGGGACUGUUCCCCUGACCACCCGUGUCGUGGGAACCAUGGGUUAUCUUGCUCCGGAGCUUGUUCGAACCGGCAAGGCGGCAACCAUCACCGACGUGUUUGCAUUCGGAAUCUUCCUCUUGGAGGUUGCUUGCGGAAGGAGGCCCGUGGACCCGACGGCGGACGAGGAGAAGCUUAUUCUGUCGGACUGGGUGUUGAAGAAUUGGCAGAAGGGAUCGAUACUGGAGACGACGGAUCCAAGGCUCGGAGAAGCGUACGCGGUGGAGGAGGUGGAGCUGGUGUUGAAGCUUGGACUGUUGUGCUCGCAUCCACUGCCCACGGAAAGGCCGAGCAUGCGCCAAGUGGUGCGCUACUUGGAGGGCCAUGCACCGCUUCCCGAGCUGUCGCCCACGUACCUCAGCUUCGGCGCUUUUGUGCAGCGUCGCAACGACGGUGUCGAUGGCCGUAUCAUGUCGAAUACUUCGCCGGUGGCUACUACAUCGGUUCUCUCCGGAGGUCGUUGACGGAGUCCGACAAUCAUGUGUGUCGUCUCCCCUGAUUUGUCCCUUUGUCAUACAGUGUAUUGUUCGCUUUGAAGCACUAAAAGACUAUCUACCA